CCGCUCCCGCCCCCGCGCGCGCUCCCUCGCCUCCCCUCCCUCCACGCCUCCCCCGCGCGCGCCCCUCCCCUCGCGCCCCUCCCGCGCCCUACAUCCACCGCCCAGCGCAGGGGGCUCAGUCCGCAGCCGCCGCCGCCGCGCUUCGGCCUCGGUGCAGGCAGCGGCCGCCGCCGCCGAGACAGCUGCGCGAGCGAGCAUCCCCAGGCAGCACGUUGGAAGUUGUUGUGAGCUGUAUCCAGCCCUUGCCUAAUACAUCCUAUUUUCCACACAUCCAGCGUGAGGCCCCACCAGCUACAAGGUAGGCACUAUGGCUGAGAAGUUCAAUUGCCACUAUUGCCGGGAAGCCUUGCAAGGGAAGAAAUACGUGCAAAAGGAUGGCCACCACUGCUGCCUGAAGUGCUUUGACAAGUUCUGCGCCAACACCUGCGUGGAAUGCCGCAAGCCCAUCGGUGCGGACGCCAAGGAAGUGCACUAUAAGAACCGCUUCUGGCAUGACACCUGCUUCCGCUGUGCCAAGUGCCUGCACCCCUUGGCCAAUGAGACUUUUGUGGCCAAGGACAGCAAGAUCUUCUGCAACAACUGCGCCACUCGGGAGGAUUCCCCCAAGUGCAAGGGGUGCUUCAAGGCCAUCGUGGCAGGAGAUCAAAAUGUGGAGUACAAGGGGUCCGUCUGGCACAAAGACUGCUUCACCUGCAGCAACUGCAAGCAAGUCAUUGGGACUGGAAGCUUCUUCCCUAAAGGGGAGAACUUCUACUGCGUGACUUGCCACGAGACCAAGUUUGCCAAGCAUUGCGUGAAGUGCAACAAGGCCAUCACAUCUGGAGGAAUCACUUACCAGGAUCAGCCCUGGCAUGCCGAUUGCUUUGUGUGUGUUACCUGCUCUAAGAAGCUGGCUGGGCAGCGUUUCACCGCUGUGGAGGACCAGUAUUACUGCGUGGAUUGCUACAAGAACUUUGUGGCCAAGAAGUGUGCUGGAUGCAAGAACCCCAUCACUGGGUUUGGUAAAGGCUCCAGUGUGGUGGCCUAUGAAGGACAAUCCUGGCACGACUACUGCUUCCACUGCAAAAAGUGCUCCGUGAAUCUAGCCAACAAGCGCUUUGUUUUCCAUGAGGAGCAAGUGUAUUGCCCCGACUGUGCCAAAAAGCUGUAAACUGACAGGGGCUCCUGUCCUGUAAAAUGGCAUUGCAGUCUUGUUCUCUGUGUCCUUAUGCUCUGCCCUACACCAUCUAUAGGGGAAGAGUGGUCUUUCACCUCUUUAAAGUUGCUCCUUCUUUCUUUUAUCCCAUUUUACAGUAUUAUUCAAAUAAGGGCACACAGUUGGUCAUACUAGGAUUUAGCAAAAAGCAACCCUGCAGCAAAGUUAAUUUCUCUCCAGCUGCAGUUAAAAAACGAAAACUUAGAUAGAUUGACUCUUCUGCAUGUUUCUCAUAGAGCAGAAAAGUGCUAACCAUUUAGCCACUUAGUGAUGUAAGCAAGAAGCAUAAGAGAUAAAGCCCCCACUGAGAUGCCUUUCGUGGCUCAGCUGGGACCCACCGUGUAGUCACACGACACGCAAGAGUUGCAGCGGCUGCUCCAACUCACUGUUCACCCUCUUCUGUGAGCAGAAAAGAACUUACUGACGUGCAUGGUUUAACUUCCUCGUGAAAACUCUUACCUUCCUUCUGUUCUUUUGUGCUUUUAAAUGACUAACACGAAUUUCCAGAAAAUUAACAUUUGAACUUAGCUGUCAUUCUAAACUGACCUUUCCCCUGUACUAACUUUUGAUUUCCACGUGUGGCAUGUUUUCUGAGCGUUCCUACUUUAAAGCAUGGAACGUGCAGGUGGUAUGGAAAGUGUAGGCAGAUCUGAGAAAAACGAGCCUGUUUCAGAGGAACAUCGUCACAGAGGAUACUUUCGGAAGCUUAACAAAACUAAUCCUGCUGUCCUUUCUAUUGUUUUUAAUCAAUAUUUUUCGUUUUAAUCAAUAGCAGAAUAUUUUAUGGGUUUGGAAACUUGCAUGAAAAUCUUCUAGCCCCCCUCAGACGUUCCUGCAGUGUUGAAAUUCAUACUACACAAGUAACCGUAAAACUCUAGAGGUGUAGCUGAGCAGGCGCCAGGGCUAUCAUCAGCAUGGAUCUGACAUUUCAAAACAGUGACUCGUUGAAUCCCUUGUAACAUAGUAGUUGCCUGCUCUUUGUUCAUGUGUUAACGAGGACUGUUAAGUCCCUUCUCUUGUGAUUCCUAGGACUUUCCUCAAGAGCUUAGCUGGAUCUCUGGGGGAGUGGGGAGGCCACCAUCCUCACAGGCAGAACCGGAUUCCACCUACUGCUUACCUGAAAUGCAGGAUCACCUACUUACUGUAUUCUACGUUAUUAUAUUACAUAGUAUAAUGAGACAAUAUCAAAAGUAAACAUGUAAUGACAAUACGUAUUAACAUUCUUGUAGGUGUGGUUAUAGAAGCUGAUGCCUCAUUUCUACAUUUUGUCAUUAGCUAUUAUCAUCUAAUGUUUCCGUGUAUCCUUACAGAAAUAAAGCAGCAAAUAAAUAA